GUGGCAAGCGCCACCAUUCAUGGGCCAAAACACGUUCAGCACAACCGCGAUCGGACUUACUGAGGGUUUCAGCGGAUAUUUGUUAUGAAGUGCGACGAAUGCCUUGGCAAGGCUCGGUCCUUAUCACGACUCCCUGAGGGGACGAAUAUCGAGUACCGGGAUAGUAUCCAGGCCUUGGCCAUCCUCGACGCUGAUUUUCUGCCUCUGCAUGUACUUGUUUCUUAUCUUUUGCAUUCGGCCUUUGUAAUGUACCAUAUGCUCAUCUUUGUUGAGCGAAGAUAGCUUCAUGAAUUCCUACCCUCAACACCAACCCUCGAUGUGGUAGCAGAACUCUUUAUCCCGAAGCCCUUUUGGUGUAGUCUUCCACUUUCUGGAUUCCCUCCCCCUACUCCCAACAUGCACAAAUUCGCUGUAGCGGAUCACUCGAGAUCAAAUUCCACCUUUAGCACCAACACCAAUACCAAUAGAUCCCCACAUCCACCACCAUCAUCAUCACUCCCAGGCACUCCAAGAACACCAGGUACACCAAGAGGACCCGGAACACCAAAUCCAUUCUCAACACCAACACCUUCAAUAUGGGGCGGGGCAUCCGGAUAUCAGUAUUCUGAACCAGGUGGCGGGAAAUAUUUCAGGUCGCGAAGAAUCAAGAAAGUGGAAGGACAAGAACCACCAAAGUUCAAGAAGGAUCCUAAGGAGAAAUUCUUGUGGAUCAUACCACUCACCGGCGUGCUAGUUGGACUGGCUAUCACGGGAAUUUUGAUUUAUCUGAAGGUUGGAAGACUAUCAUCGUUUCAAUACUGUCCUAUCCUGGACGACAAUUUCUCUUCUGGACAGUUGAAUCCGAAUAUCUGGCAGACGGAGAAUGAGGUUGGAGGUUAUGGGAACCUACAGUUUGAGCAGACCACAGGAGAUCCAGAAAAUCUUUUCAUCAAGGACGGACAGCUUUAUAUCAAGCCAACGCUUCAAGACGAGACGCUCAUCACAACCAACAAUAUCAUCAAUCUCACUGCCAGUGGACUGUGCACAUCAGAUCUCUGGUCCAACUGCGUUGCCUCAACCAACACCACCAACGGCACCAUCAUCCCACCCGUCAAGUCAGCCCGCAUCAACACCAGAAUGGGCGCAACAAUCAAAUACGGACGAGUGGAAGUGAAGGCUAAGAUCCCCAAAGGCGACUGGCUCUGGCCAGCGAUCUGGUUGAUGCCCGUGGACUCCGUCUACGGCGCCUGGCCCGCAAGCGGCGAGAUCGACAUCAUGGAGUCGCGAGGCAAUAACCACACUUACAACCUCGGCGGAAACAAUAUGGUCUCUUCGGCCUUACAUUGGGGCCCAGAUCCUACGAAUGAUGCGUAUCUCCGCACCCACAAUUUCAAGAAUGCGCUGCAUUCGGAGUAUGGUGAUGGGUUCCACACUUUCGGUCUUGAGUGGACUGAGAAAUAUCUUUUUACUUAUAUUGAUUCGAGGUUGUUGCAAGUCAUGUACAACACUUUCUCCAAGCCGUUUUGGCCCCAAGGCGGCUUUCCAUUUGCAACGGAAAACGGAACGAGACUUGUUGAUCCUUGGAGCCAAACGGGUAGACCGCAGACCCCGUUUGAUCAAGAUUUUUAUUUGAUUAUCAAUGUUGCGGUUGGCGGGCAGAAUGGGUGGUUUCUGGAUGGGGCGGAUGGCAAGCCGUGGAUUGAUGCGAGUGCGACCGCCAGGAACGAUUUCUGGAAUGCGCGGGAUAGGUGGUAUCCCACCUGGGAGAAGAACGGGCAGAUGAUUGUUGAUUCGGUGAAGAUGUGGCAGAAGUGUUGAGAGUGUCCGGAUUGGGAUGGGGGAUUAGAAUUCGGACGGUCAUGACUGGAUAGAUUUCCCGUUGUUCAAUACAAUUAAUUUACGAUCUUAAGAAAAUC